CUCACCCCUCUCGUCCUCCGCCUGCCGGCCGAGUGCGGAGUCGUCUCCUGAAUCCCGAUCGCAUCGCGUGCUCCUCCACCUUGCCGCCUCGAUCGCCUCCUCCCCCAACUCCGGCGACACCGACGCCGGUGGGGCACUAGGAGGCGACCACCCUCCGGUUUCCUGCGGUACUGUAGUAUCCGCAGGUUGGGUAUCGUUUUAAUUGUGGAAGCCCGACAUAAUUAGCAUACAAGACUGCUGUAUACAAAAUGUCUGAAUUUCUUGACCUUGAGGCACUGGAUGGGAUAAGGAUGCCAUGGAAUGUUAUUCCGGGCACAAGAGAGGAUGCUGCAAGCUGUGUGGUCCCUGUUUCUGCCAUCUAUACUCCUCUGAAGUCAAUUCCUAAUGUCCCAGUUGUCCCAUAUUCCCCCCUUCGCUGCCGCAUGUGCCGUUCCAUCCUCAACCCUUUCUCCAUGGUUGAUUAUGACGCUAAGAUCUGGCUCUGCCCGUUCUGCUUUCAGCGCAAUCACUUCCCUCAACAUUACUCCUCGAUCUCAGAGAACAACCUACCUCCAGAACUCUUUCCUCAGCAUACCACUAUAGAGUACAUAUCCACUCCUGAAACAGGUCCUGCGGUGCCUCCAGUUUUCAUCUUUGUUGUGGAUACUUGCAUGAUAGAGGAAGAAAUUGGUUAUUUGAAGUCUGCACUGGCACAAACUGCUGAGCUGUUGCCAGAUAAUUCCCUUAUUGGAUUCAUUACUUUCGGGACAUAUGUACAGGUGCAUGAAUUGGGUUUUGGCUUGUUGCCAAAGUCAUAUGUGUUCAAAGGAACAAAGGAGGUCAGCAAGGAACAAAUAUUGGAGCAAAUGUGCUUCUUUGCUGGCAAACAAAAGCCCGCCACGGGGGUAAUAGCUGGAACUAGGGAUGGUCUUUCAUCAGAGAGCAUCUCUAGGUUCUUGGUGCCUGCUUCGGAGUGCGAGUUUGUGUUUAAUUCAGUUAUAGAAGAGUUGCAAAAGGACCCUUGGCAUAUUCCAGCUGAUCAACGUGCAUCAAGAUGUACUGGAACUGCAUUAAGUGUGGCAGCCAGUCUCCUGGGUGUUUGUGUCCCUGGAUCAGGUGCUAGGAUCAUGGCGUUUGUUGGUGGUCCAUCUACAGAGGGACCUGGUUCUAUUGUAUCCAAAUCCUUAUCAGAGUCAAUUCGCUCACACAAAGACCUUGAUAAAGACUCGGCUCCACUUUAUGAUAAAGCUGUCAAGUUCUAUGAUCAGAUUGCCAAGCAACUUGUGCACCAAGGACACGUGCUGGAUUUGUUUGCUUGUGCAGUCGACCAGGUCGGUGUUGCUGAAAUGAAGGUUGCAAUUGAGAAGACUGGGGGAAUUGUUGUGCUUGCUGAAAGUUUUGGCCACUCUGUUUUUAAAGACUCGCUUCUCCGCAUCUUUCAAUCAACAGAGGACGACCUUGGGCUAUCAUUCAAUGGUAUUCUUGAGAUCAACUGCUCAAAAGACAUAAAGAUUCAAGGAAUUAUUGGGCCUUGUACUUCCCUAGAGAAGAAAAGUCCUCUCUCUGCAGAUACUGUUAUCGGUCAAGGAAACACUAGUGCCUGGAAGAUGUGUGGUCUUGACAAGAAAACAUCACUCUGCUUUGUAUAUGAUAUCUCGAGAAAAGUUGGCCCAGAUUCAAUCACUCAGUCGACAAGCAACCAGCUCUAUUUACAAUUCGUAACCUACUAUCAGCAUCAUGAUGGCCAGAUGAGAUUACGAGCUACUACGAUUUCCAGAAAAUGGGCUUCUAGUUCUGAUAAUGUGCAGGAACUGAUAGAUGGCUUUGAUCAAGAAGCUGCUGCUGCAGUUGUAGCACGUUUGGUCUCAUUUAAGAUGGAAACUGAGGCCGAUUUUGAUCCAAUAAGAUGGCUUGAUCGAGCGUUGAUACGUUUAUGUUCUAAAUUUGGAGAUUAUCAGAAGGAAACACCUUCAUCCUUCAGUUUGUCUACACGUCUAUCAAUAUUUCCCCAGUUUAUGUUUAAUUUGAGGCGUUCUCAGUUUGUUCAGGUUUUUAAUAAUAGUCCCGAUGAAACUGCAUAUUUUAGGAUGAUGUUGGAGAGAGAAAAUGUAGGCAAUGCAGUUGCGAUGAUUCAGCCUUCACUCAUAUCCUACUCAUUUCAAUCAGGGCCAGCGCCAGUUCUCCUGGAUGUAACUGCAAUUGCUGCUGACAAGAUCCUUUUAUUGGAUUCUUACUUUACUGUUGUCAUCUUCCAUGGGAUAACCAUUGCACAAUGGCGAAAUGCCGGUUACCAAGACCAAGAAGGCCAUGAGGUUUUUGCUCAGUUGUUAAAAGCUCCACACGAGGAAGCUGGUACAAUAAUCAAGGAACGGUUUCCUGUUCCCCGUUUGGUUGUCUGUGACCAAUAUGGAUCUCAGGCUCGAUUUCUACUGGCAAAGCUAAAUCCAUCCGUUGCAUAUAACUCUGAUAAUCCUUCUCCUGGAGGGGACGUCAUCUUCACGGAUGAUGUUAGCUUCGAGGUCUUCAUGGACCAUCUCCAGCGGCUAUCAGUCCAAUAGGAUAUGACUGCUAGAGCAGAUUUUUUUAACCCCCAAUCAUCUCUUCUGCUGUACAGUAAGAAACAUUCUUCAUUCUUGUCUAUGAUGUCUUCUACUUUGUAGUGUGAGGUUCAUGCGUAUACUAUUUGAUUAUAAUUUAUUUCUUUAGUACAAUAAGAGUAAGAGUGAUCACAGUAAAAAGAUGCCAUCGUUUAAACAAUGCAGCUUCAUCUCUA